AUCACAUGGCAGGGAGCCCCUGUGGGCUGCUCCCCGACUGCUGGGUCUGGUCUGAAGGGAGCAGCAGACCCUGUGCCUGCCCUGCUCCCCGUCCGCGUGUGGCUGGAAAGCAGUUUGUUCUCCUCCCGAUCUCCUUUAGGUCUCUGAAGCUCUUCCACUUGGCACCGCUGAGCUGUGAUUACGUUCCUCUUCCUCGAGUGAAUGUCAGGAGCUCGUUAGAGGCUGCAGUGAAGUCAAUCACUUCUCAGCACAGGCAGAUUGUUGGGUUCAGAAUGAAAUGAUUCAGAGACAAAUGUGCCGAUUUUAAUUGUUACUAAAAAAAAACCCACCCCAGCCUUGUUGCACCGAUGACAUUUAUUCUAGGCCUUUCCUUCCUCCCCUUCCAGCCCUAAUUCUGCCAUUCCACGAUGCUCUGUGCCCCCACUUCUUCUUGCAGAAGGCAUCUCUGAUGCUGUGUGCUCACAGCAGUCCCAAUGGGCACUAAUGCUGCUCUGAGUCCCACAGCAGCACUGCCAGUUUGAGGCUGGUUUUUUUUCUCUCAUUGCAGUUGAGCAAAGUUUUAAACAAUCAUUAAGACGUUUGCAUAUAAAGUAUAUUUUUAACUCACACAGCAGUGACCUUUAGUGCACCCACCAGGAGCUGGAGAGUCAGAGCUAUCCAACGUCUGCACGUGCCUUAAUUUUAUAAGGCUUGAUUAUUGCCAAGUGAUUUCUCGAAGCUUCAUUUUACAGUCACUGCUCUGUAUAUACAGUGAGCAAAAAAGGUAAAUAUCCUGCGCUGUUAAUUCUCAAGGGGAGGAUGUGUUCCUUCUCUUCCCAGUGCUGCCAUGUUCUCCCCAUUGCUCCUUUCCUAUCUUCCCCUCCCCACCACCAUUCUCAGUGACCCCCCCAGCACCAAUUGCACAACGCAGUGAGGUAGUUGUGUCGCUGGCAACUAUCUAAAGAAAACAGACUGUGUUGCAUGGACACCUCCACUUCGGUAAACGCUGAGUGACGUCCGAGGCCCGGUGCUGCCUUUCCAGUCGUGGUAGAGUUUGCAGAAGCAUGGACAUCCGCAACAACCUGACCCGGCUGAGCUUGCUGGAGAACUGCACGGUGAUUGAGGGCCACUUACAAAUACUGCUGAUGUUUAAAACCAAGCCUGAAGAUUUCCGCGAGCUCAGCUUCCCCAAACUGACUAUGAUUACAGACUACUUGCUUCUGUUCCGUGUGUAUGGCCUGGAGAGCUUAAAGGGCCUCUUCCCCAACCUCACGGUGAUCCGAGGAACACAUCUGUUCUUUAACUACGCGCUGGUCAUCUUUGAGAUGGUUCAUCUAAAGGAGAUCGGCCUCUACAACCUGAUGAACAUCACGCGCGGUGCCGUGCGCAUCGAGAAGAACAACGAGCUGUGCUACCUGUCCACUAUCGACUGGUCGAGGAUUUUGGACUCCGUCGAGGACAACUACAUCAUCGCCAACAAGGAUGACAAGGAGGAGUGUGGAGAUGUGUGUCCUGGGACGGUGAAAGGGAAGAGCAACUGCCCACCCACCGUCAUCAACGGCAUCUUCAUCGAGCGCUGCUGGACCCACGACCGCUGCCAGAGAGUUUGCCCACCCGCCUGCAAGUCCCAGGGCUGCACGUCGGACGGGCAGUGCUGUCACAGCGAGUGCCUCGGGGACUGCACGGAGCCCAACAACGCGGAGCGGUGCGUGGCGUGCCGCAACUUCUACCUGGACGGGACGUGCGUGGAGACGUGCCCACCCGGGUAUUACCGCUUCGAAGGCUGGCGCUGCGUCACCUUCAGCUUCUGCCAGGAGCUACACAACAAGUGCAAGAGCGCCCGCGAGUCGGGCUGCCACGUCAUCCACAACAACGAGUGUGUCCACGAGUGUCCAUCGGGGUACAUCAUGAAUUCCAGCAACUUGCACUGCACUCCCUGUGCAGGGCCCUGUCCAAAGGUUUGUGACUAUGGGAAAGAGAAGACUAUUGAUUCGGUGACGUCGGCACAGGAGCUCCGUGGCUGCACAGUUGUUAAUGGAAGCUUGGUUAUAAAUAUCCGUGGAGGAAAUAACAUAGCAGCUGAGCUAGAAGCGAAUCUUGGCUUGAUAGAAGAAAUCUCAGGUUACCUAAAAAUCCGCCGAUCUUACGCCUUGGUUUCUCUUUCUUUUUUUCGUAAACUACAUCUGAUUAGAGGAGAAACAUUAGAAGCUGGAAAUUAUUCAUUUUAUGCCUUGGACAACCAGAAUCUUCGCCAGCUCUGGGACUGGAGUAAACACAACCUCACGAUAGCACGAGGCAAACUCUUCUUCCAUUAUAAUCCUAAACUGUGUUUGUCAGAAAUCCACAAGAUGGAGGAGAUCUCUGGGACUAAGGGGCGUCAGGAGAGGAAUGACAUAGCCCUGAAGACGAAUGGUGACCAAGCCUCAUGUGAAAACGAAUUGCUGAAGUUCUCUUCCAUUAGAACAUCCCAUGACAAGAUCCUGUUGAAGUGGGAGCCGUAUUGGCCUCCUGAUUUCCGUGACCUCCUGGGAUUUAUGCUCUUUUACAAAGAGGCUCCAUACCAAAACGUGACGGAGUUUGAUGGGCAGGAUGCCUGUGGCUCCAACAGCUGGACGGUCGUGGAUGUGGACCCACCGCCGCGGUCCAACGAGCCCAAAGCCCAGGCCCAGCCAGGUUGGCUGCUGCGGGGCCUGAAGCCAUGGACACAGUAUGCUGUGUUUGUUAAAACUCUGGUCACCUUCUCAGAUGAACGAAGGACAUACGGCGCAAAGAGUGAGAUCAUCUACGUCCAGACCAACGCUACAGUUCCGUCAGUCCCAUUAGAUCCAAUUUCUGUUUCCAACUCUUCAUCCCAAAUCAUCCUGAAGUGGAAGCCGCCCUCGGAGCCCAAUGGCAACAUCACACACUACCUGGUGUUCUGGCAGCAGCAGGCGGAAGACAGUGAGCUUUAUGAACUUGAUUACUGCUUAAAGGGAUUAAAACUGCCCUCAAGGACGUGGUCUCCUCCUUUUGAAUCUGAAGACCCUCAGAAGUAUAACCAAAGCGAAAGUGAGGAUGUCAGCGGAGAAUGUUGUUCCUGUCCUAAAACUGACUCUCAGAUCCAGAAGGAGCUGGAGGAGUCUGCUUUCCGCAAGACCUUUGAGAACUACCUUCACAAUGAGGUUUUCGUCCCCAGGCCAUCAAGAAAGAGAAGAGACCUGGGCUCCAUUGCAAACGCCACCGUGGUGAUCCCCACCAUCGCGUCCUCUCCAAACUCUUCUGCAGCUGCUUCUGAGAGUGCAGAGGAGCAGAAACCCUUUGAAAAAGUGAAGUUCAAGGAGUCUCUGGUUAUCUCCGGGCUGCGGCACUUCACGGGGUACCGCAUUGAGCUCCAUGCGUGUAACCACGAUGCACAGGAAUCCCGCUGCAGUGUUGCAGCUUAUGUCAGUGCCAGGACCAUGCCAGAAGCUAAGGCAGAUGACAUCGUUGGUCCGGUCACCCAUGAACUGGUUGAAAAAAACACCGUUCAUUUGAAGUGGCAGGAGCCCAAGGAGCCAAACGGCCUCAUUGUGCUGUAUGAAGUGAAUUACGGCCGUCUGGGGGAAGCAGAGGAAGCUCACUACUGCGUGUCCCGUAAGCACUUUGCCAGCGAGCAGGGCUGCAAACUGCGUGGGCUGCAGCCUGGGAACUACAGCGUCCGGAUCCGAGCGACGUCGCUGGCUGGGAACGGCUCCUGGACAGAGCCCACCUACUUCUACGUGGCUGAUUACUUGAACGCUCAGCCUAAUAUUGCUGUUAUAAUCGUUCCGAUUAUUUUUGCCAUAAUCAUUGCUGGAAUUAUUGGAGCUGCUUACGUGCUCGUCAAAAAGAGACAAACUGAAGGACCAACGGGGCCACUCUACGCAUCCUCCAACCCCGAAUACCUCAGUGCCAGUGAUGUGUACGUUCCCGACGAGUGGGAGGUCCCACGGGAAAAGAUCACUCUGCUCCAUGAGCUGGGCCAGGGCUCAUUUGGUAUGGUGUAUGAGGGGAUAGCCAAGGACAUCGUGAAGGGAGAGCUGGAGACCCGCGUGGCUGUGAAAACAGUGAAUGAGUCGGCCAGCCUGCGGGAGCGCAUUGAGUUCCUCAACGAAGCCUCUGUGAUGAAAGGCUUCAGCUGCCAUCACGUGGUUCGCCUCCUCGGGGUGGUCUCCAAGGGCCAACCCACUUUGGUGGUCAUGGAGUUAAUGGCACAUGGAGACUUGAAAAGCUACCUCCGCUCUCUGAGACCCGAUGCUGAGAAUAAUCCUGGUCGUCCACCACCAACGCUGAGAGAAAUGAUCCAGAUGGCUGCAGAGAUCGCCGAUGGCAUGGCCUAUCUGAAUUUCAAAAAGUUUGUUCAUAGAGAUCUGGCAGCUCGGAACUGCAUGGUUGCAGAGGACUUCACUGUUAAAAUCGGAGACUUUGGCAUGACCAGAGAUAUCUACGAGACAGAUUAUUACCGAAAGGGCGGCAAAGGACUUCUGCCUGUGCGGUGGAUGGCGCCUGAGUCGCUGAAGGACGGCGUGUUCACAACGUACUCAGAUGUGUGGUCAUUUGGUGUUGUCCUUUGGGAGAUAAGCAGCUUAGCAGAGCAGCCGUAUCAGGGACUCUCCAACGAACAGGUGCUGAAGUUUGUGAUGGAUGGAGGAUACCUGGAUCAGCCGGACAACUGCCCAGAGAGGCUGCACAACCUGAUGCAGAUGUGCUGGCAGUACAACCCCAAGAUGCGCCCCACCUUCAUUGAGGUCAUUGAGAUGCUGAAGGAGGAUUUGCACCCCAGCUUCCAGGAGGUUUCCUUCUUCUACAGCGAGGAGAACAAACCUCAGGAAACGGAGGAGUACGAGAUGGACUUUGAGAACAUGGAGAGCAUCCCCCUCGAUCCCUCCUCAUACACACAGAGGGACAAAGCCUUGGGGAGGGACAAUGGGCCCUCCAUGGCUCUCAAGGGGAACUACGAGGAGCACAUACCUUACACUCACAUGAACGGUGGCAAGAAGAACGGGCGGAUUCUCUCCAUGCCCAGGUCAAGUCCUUCCUAACGCCUCCUGUUGGCCCAAGGGUUGUGUCUGCUUUUCUCCCCUUCACAAAUCUCAGGACUCUUUGUUAUUGCUGCCACAGUGUAUGACCAACCCACAUCUUACAAACUCUUCAGAUUUUUAAUCAUCUUAUGAUUAAUACUUUUUUUUUUUUCCUUCCCUUUUUUGCCAAGUUGACUGGUUGUCAGUGGACUUAUCUGUGAACAUAAAUGGAAGAGGUUUCCAUGGCUGCUCUCCUUACUGUAACCAUGGUUUCAAAACAGGAAGCGACCGUGUCAGUUUCAACUAAAGGAGGAGCAUCUGCCUUUGCCAACAACAGCCGUGAAAUUCGCCGGUAUCAGAGCUGCGGUGUAACGGUGUGGAACAAACCUCAGCGGGACAGAAACGUCUCCAGGAGAAUUCCAGGCUUCAGGCAUCCUCGUCACUACAGAGGAAGGGUUCAACACAGCGGUCGGACGCGCCAGAUCCUCAGAUUGACCAAGAGCUGCUGCUUUCGUACUUUUUCAAUGGGUUAAAGCCCAGGGGUGCGUGCGUGUGCGUGCGUGUGUGCAGUAUAUAUAUGUGGGGUGUAUAUGUAUAGCAAAAUAUACACCUCUUUGUUGUGUUUUUUUUU